CUAUCUGCAGUGAUUUAAAGGAAGUAUCUGAUAUUAAAGUCAUGAGCUCCAUCAGCUGCACAUUUGAUCCAUCUGACUUUAUUGGAGAGUCUUGGCAUCUUUGUGACAACAUGCUGCAGACAAGUGACAACAAGGUGCAUGUGGCCAGUAACCUGAUGGACAUGGACCAGGACCCUCGCAAAAGGCUGUGCUUUGCUGACGGCCGAAGGAAAGUGGACUAUGUGCUGGUGUACCACUACCGAAAACGAUCCUCCAUCAGGGGGUCUCCUAGUCAACACAGACUGUCCAUCAUCUCCAAUGGUAGUUAUCCUUUAGGAGUGAAGGAGAAAGAACAAGAGGGAGGGAAGGAUGAACCUCCGGAGGUGGUGGUGGACGUCGGACCCCUGGACCCUGCAGAUGGGGAGAAAAUCAUGAUCCGAGAGGAGUUUGAGGGUAAUUUAAAGGAUGCUGGGCUGGAAAUUGAGCAUGAUAAAGAGAACAAGGCUCAUGGUCAUGCUUUCAUCCGGCUACAUGCGCCUUGGCAGGUGUUGAGCAGAGAGGCAGAGUUUCUCAAGAUCAAGGUGCCCACCAAGAAGAGUUACGAAUUAAGGGAAGAAAAAGGUCUGGCGGCCACCAUGAGCGAAGUGUGGCGGAAGUUAAAUCAACCGUUCCAGCCCAAAGUACCCCAUCAGGAGCAAGAACACAGCCGUACCAAGUUCCUUUCACACUGUUUCUCCCGGGACAAGCUCCACCUGUACAACAUCAAAUCAAAGGACACCUUCUUCGACAACGCCACAAGGAGCCGAAUAGUGUAUGAAAUCCUCAGACGCACCGCCUGCACACGGACCUGCCAAACCAUGGGUAUCACGACAUUGAUAGCCAACGGUGUCUAUGAUUCAGCAUUUCCGCUACACGAUGGAGACUUCCACCCCAGUGGACAAGCUGAGGGGAAGAACGACAGACAACUGUUACAUGAUGAAUGGGCAAGAUACGGGGCUUUUUACAAGUAUCAGCCUGUUGAUCUUAUCAGGAAGUACUUUGGCGAGAAGAUAGGUCUCUACUUUGCCUGGCUUGGUGUCUAUACUCAGCUUUUGAUCCCUGCAUCUGUGGUGGGCAUCAUCGUGUUCUUCUAUGGCUGGGCCACUGUGGAAACAAACAUACCUAGCCAGGAGAUGUGUGACGAGGAUCAGAACUUCACUAUGUGUCCCCUUUGUGAUCGAGCAUGUGACUACUGGCAUCUGAGCACAGCGUGUGGCACCGCUCGUGCCAGCCAUCUUUUUGACAACCCAGCCACCGUGUUCUUCGCCGUCUUCAUGUCCCUCUGGGCUGCCAUGUUUCUAGAGAACUGGAAGCGCAGACAGAUCAGUCUGAACUAUAGCUGGGAUCUGACAGGCAUGGAGGAGGAGGAGGAACAUCCUAGACCCAAAUACGAAACGAUUCUCCUUCAGAAGAGGCAGAGGAAGAAGAAAAAUAAUACAAAGAACAAAAAUGAGCCUGAGAGAGCUGUGGACGAGAGCGGGGAACUGGGGAAGGACAAAUGGAGGCAGAGGUUACUGUCAGCCAUGGCAGCUGGGAAUCCGACUGGACAUGAGAAGCUAACAUGGAGGGACAGACUGCCUGGAUACUUAAUCAACAUUUCCUCUAUUCUGUUAAUGUUUGGAGUGACUUGCUCUGCUGUCUUCAGUGUCAUCAUCUACCGCAUCACCAUCUCCGCCCUCAUGGCGAUGAGCCCAGAUCCAGACGUCAAGUCUAACGUACGGGUGACCGUCACGGCCACCGCCGUCAUCAUCAACCUGGUGGUCAUCCUCAUUCUGGACGAGAUAUACGGCAUGGUGGCUGCCUGGCUGACAGAACUAGAGAUCCCUAAAACAGAGACCAACUUUGAGGAGCGUCUCAUUCUAAAGGCUUUCCUCCUGAAGUUCAUGAAUGCCUAUGCACCCAUCUUCUAUGUGGCCUUCUUCAAAGGGAGGUUUGCUGGCCGUCCCGGUGACUACGUUUAUGUCUUCAACGAUUACCGUAUGGAAGAGUGUGCUCCUGGAGGCUGUCUGAUUGAACUCUGUAUCCAGCUCAGUAUCAUCAUGUUGGGGAAGCAGCUUAUUCAGAAUAACAUCUUUGAGAUUGGCAUUCCAAAGCUGAAGAAGCUGUGCCGCACACUCAAGGACAAAGAGCGGGCGCCCAAGGAGAUUGUGGAGCAGUCGGGUCGCCGCCAGCAGUGGUACCUGGACUAUGACCUGGAGCCUUUUAACGGACUCACUCCUGAAUACAUGGAGAUGAUCAUUCAGUUUGGUUUUGUGACGCUCUUUGUGGCCUCAUUCCCGCUGGCUCCGCUCUUCGCGCUCUUAAACAAUGUCAUUGAGAUCCGCCUCGACGCCAAGAAGUUUGUCACGGAGCUUCGCAGGCCAAAUGCCGUUAGGGCCAAAGAUAUCGGUAUCUGGUACAACAUCUUGAGUGGUUUGGGAAAGUUUUCAGUUAUCAUCAAUGCCUUUGUCAUAGCCUUCACAUCAGAUUUCAUCCCUCGCUUGGUCUACCAGUACAUGUACAGCGAGACGGGGACCAUGCAUGGCUUCAUCAACCACACGCUCUCUUAUUUUAACGUCAGCAACUUUAAACCUGGAACUGUGCCUUCCGUCUCCAGUCUCGGCAAAGACAUUGCAUUCUGCAGGUACAAAGACUACAGAGAACCACCAUGGUCGACUGAGCCUUACCAUUUCUCCAAACAGUACUGGUCGGUUCUAGCGGCUCGGUUAGGUUUUGUCAUAUUGUUCCAGAACCUGGUGAUAACCAUGAGCAUGCUGGUGGCCUGGGUGAUCCCCGAUGUGCCCAAAAACAUCAGCGAGCAGCUGAAAAAGGAGAAGACUCUUCUGGUGGAUGUCUUCCUGAAUGAAGAAAAGGAGAAGUUGCAGUUGAUCCAGAGCUUGUUCUCCAGAGAUCUGACACAAGAACACCAGGAGGAGCAGAAAGUGUCGGAUCAGACCUCGCUGCCACUUCAGCAAACCCAACCUGGACCUCUCCCUCCCACUUCGUCCCCGGCUCCUUGUACCCGACCCCGAGCUGCAAGCUUCAGCCAGUUCACCCGCCAGAUGUCCAUGUCUCCCCGAAGCGACAUCACCCAACACACGGCCGUGUGAGGGAAGACGGGCGAGAGAAGAUGAGUCCACUGGUGGAGAGGGUUUCACAGUGCCUGAGCGUAGUUUUUUUUUGUAUCAGAGAAUUAUGGGUCACUCCUUUUGGUCACUGAACUGUAGUCUCAAUGUCUGUUUUUUAAACCCUCAGAUGUUCCUACCAUUUUUAAGCACGUCUGCACACAAACUUGAGCUUUAGUAGGACUGCUUGCAGAUGCGAUCAUUUCACAUGCACUGGCGUUCACAAGAACACGAGCGGGAUCCUCUCAAACUCACGUUUUUCUCCACGAUCAGCUCUCGAGCGAGGAUGUCUGUCAGCACACACUCGUAAAGAGCAGCACAUAUUUGGUGACAUUAGGCAAUCUGUACAUGCUGUCCAAAUGCAAACCACUUUGCACAUUGUCCACAAGAUGUAGCAUAUAAUGGCAAAUGAUCUUUCAUUUUCUCAGGUAACAGCAUCACUGUAGGCUGUAUUCGUUCUCAUCAAUAUGACCGUUCUUGGGUUAAUAGACUAUAAUGCGUGUUAGUAAGUUAAUGUGCAUAUAACACAAUUUCGAUGUGGUACUGCAACGUAUUCUGUGAAACGUGUGGCAUUUUGUCUUUUUAAUGAUCCAGCUCAUUAUGUAACACAUUAAGGCAAUAUGUAAUUAAACUCAUGUUUGUCAAUCCAUUUAUUUAUGCUAUGCCUCCUGAUGAUAAAAUGCAGGGCUGUAGAUUUGGACCGCACAGCAUUGCUGUCUUUUUGUGCCAUGUCAACUAUAUUCCUCCCAUGAAUUUGCCUUCACUGUUAUGGGAAGUUUGAGCUGGGGUUACAGUUAUCAAGGGAGGAAUCAUGGAUGGAUGUUGUGUGCCAACAUCUGGCUAUCAAUUCAUCAUUCACUAUGCCUCAUAGGACUUAAUACUCAUGCAAGAAGAAUAAAUAUUUAAUCCCAAUUA